UCUAUAAUAUUUAAGUGCCGCGCUGCCAAUCGCUGGGCUAUAAAACAGUUCGGCAAAUUGGCCAACAGCAUCAGUCGCUGACAACUCAAGCAACCAAACAACCCAAUCCACUACAAUAUGAAGUUCCUCAUCUGCUUGGCUCUCUGCUUCGCCGUCGCUCAGGCUGGCUAUCUGGCCUCUCCAGUGGCCACUUAUGCUGCUGCACCCGGCUAUGCCGCCGCCACCUAUGCUGCGGCACCCGCCUACACCUAUGCGGCUGCUGCUCCAGUGACCACCUACUCGGCCGCUGCCUUGCCAGCCGCCUACUCCGCCUACGCCCCGUCUGUCUACAGCGCUCCCGCUGUUGCCACCUAUGCUGCACCUGCCUACACUGCCCCAGUUGCCACCUAUGCUGCACCAGCUGUCAUCAGCCCCUUCCUGAAGAAGAAGUAAAGUGCUUGACAGGCA